AUGCCAACGGGCUGCGGCGAACAGACUAUGGUGAGGGUGGCACCAAGUGUAUAUGCGUUCAAGUAUUUGAUCGCAGCUGCUGACCUGCAGGAGCCCGAAAUCAAGCAACUGGCACAGACAGCAAUCAACAAUAUCGUCAGUGUCUUCAGCAGACAACUCAACUAUCGUCUCCGUGAUGGAUCUUUCUCAGUUUUCGGUUCAAGGCCCGGCAGUACUUGGUUAACGGCGUUUGUUUUUGGCGUAUUCAGCGAGGCUGAACAAUUGCUGCAGAAUGAAGCUCUACAAAAUUUGGAGAAUGUCAACAUUAAUUUAGAUCCCGCGUUAUACACGGCUUUUGAAUUUCUACAGCAAAAGCAACAUGCAAACGGCUGCUUUGUGGAGUACGGUUACUUCUUUCAACCAGAUUUACAGGCCUUCGACAGUUCCCCAAGGUCAAGCAGCCUUAAAGACCUCAUGCUUACCUCGUAUGUCCUUUCAGCCCUGCUAGAAGCUCCAGUGCGGCUAAAAGAAACCAAUUCUCAGUCUUAUGCUAAUGUUACAGACUCGGCGAGCAGAUGUCUGUUGAACACUGUCGAUUCAUUUAAUAUUUCCCAAAUCCCUUCAAAAGCUCUUGUCAAGGUGGCCUACACACUCAGACGGCCUUCAGAACAGCCUGGAUACUCAGAAACGCGGGAGCUUGUUUACAGGGAAUUGAUCAACAGGGCCUCGGAAAGGGAUUCACUAAGAGGAACACUUCGCUGGUGGCAGGACAAUAAACGAACCAGUCCUGCAUCCAAAGUCGAGAUGACGGCCUACGCGUACCUAGCUCUAACGGAGUAUCAACCUGUCUCUCAACUGCGGCCCAUCAUUCGCUGGUUGUUGACACAACAGAAUGAGCGCGGUGGAUUCUAUUCACCUCAGGACACUGUUAUCGCCCUGCGGGCACUCGCGCAUGCGGCUGCCCAGCCACAUCUUUCGACUGGAGGAAAAGCUCACGCACAAGUGACGGCCAGCAUUCUGCCU